GAAAGAAUGCCGUGCAUCAAAAUCACGGCCCUAUAGCUAUCGCUCACCCCAUAAUGGAACAUGAAAAGAGUAAAACAAAAGAGAAAACGCCCAGGCAUACUGCUGUCUGCUAGUCUCUCUACUGCUACCUCCUAACGUAAAAAAAAUCCACAAGGCAAGCCAACGUCGAAGUCUCUGCCUUUUUGGCGUUUGUAUGAUUGUCUGUCUGGUAUAAAACUAUUGUGCCGAAUUUUAUAUGUACCGGGAGAGAUGAAAGUUUCCACGUGGUUUCUAUAUCAGAUAAAAGCGGUCAGAGUUCAGGCUUCCCAGUUUAGCUGUGGCCUUUCUUGGUGGAAGAACUUAAUCAGGUCACGAAAAGAUUGGCCCUGAUAUAGGUCACAGCAUACGGAGAUGGCUUCCCCAGAGAAAGUGGCACAGUUUUGGGAUGAGGGUUAUACCAUCAUUGAGAACUUCUUGUCAGAAGAAGAGUGUGAUGCCCUAAAAGCAGAAUGCCAUGAUGUUAUUGACAAGAUGGAUCCCAAGGAACACCAUGCUGUAUUUUCUUGUACAGGUCAUGAACAGCUAAAAGAAGAUUACUUUCUGACAAGUGGAGACAAGGUUAGGUUUUUCUUUGAAAAGGGGGCAUUUGAUGAGAAAGGUGAACUUGUAGUGGACAAACAGAAGUCCCUGAACAAGAUGGGACAUGCCUUGCAUGCUCUCUGUCCAACAUUUCGAAAGGUCACUUUCAGCGAGAAGAUGAGGGAAGUUGUGAAGAAUAUAGGAUAUGAAGAUCCAGUGAUAUGCCAGAGCAUGUACAUAUUCAAGAAUCCUGGCAUUGGAGGAGUAGUCACUGCACAUCAAGACUCCUGGUUUCUAAACACAAAGCCAUUGAAACUUAUGGGUGUCUGGAUUGCUCUGGAAGACGCAACUUUGGAAAAUGGUUGCCUGUGGUUCAUCCCUGGUUCACAUAAAGAGGGUAUCACUGAUAACUACAGGAUGAUAAGAAAUCCAGACAAAGAUGGCCCUCCAUUGAAGUUCACUGGGGCAGAGCCGAAGUAUGAUGAUAGUAAAUUCAUUCCAGGGCCUGUCAAAAAAGGAACUGCUGUGCUCAUUCAUGGGGAAGUGGUUCACAAGAGUAACCCUAAUAAUUCAGACAAGUCGCGGGAGAUCUAUACUUUCCAUAUAUAUGACCAGAAAGGAACUGAAUAUAGCAGCAUCAACUGGUUGCAGCCUACUGAGGAGAUGCCUUUUCCACAUCUUUACACUUUCAGUUAAACAAUUGAAAUUUUUCCUAAUAAAAGUCAUAAUUAUGACAAUCAAUCAAACAUACCUAUUAUUAUAUACCAAAAAUGCGACAAGACUGGUCAUCUCAGAGG